AGAAAAGGAGAAAAGCAAAGUGAUAGAGGAGAUGGAGAGAGAGAUGCAAAACGAUGCGUAUAAUGGAAGAGGAAGAGUGAUGACGGAGGAGCAGAUGGAGAUUCUCCGAAAGCAGAUCGCCGUUUACGCCGUUAUUUGCGACCAGCUCGUCCUCCUCCACAACUCUCUCUCUUCUAACCAUCCUUUCUCAUCAGGAAUGAGGCCUAUGGUCGGUGGAUACUUUGAUCCGAUGGGGUCAUCGUCAAAUUCUCAUAGGAUAUCGUCUAGGCAUCGUUGGACUCCGACUUCGACGCAGCUUCAGAUACUUGAGAGCAUUUACGAGGAAGGAAGCGGAACACCGAAUAGACGGAGGAUCAGAGAGAUCGCGACAGAGCUGUCUGAACAUGGACAGAUCACGGAGACAAAUGUCUACAACUGGUUUCAGAACCGGCGAGCUCGGUCCAAACGUAAGCAGCCUCAAACGACGACGACAGCUAAUAGUCAGGCUGAUGAUGUGGCUGUGACAACGGAGGAAAGGAGAAGUUGUGGAGAUUCGGGUGGAUUAGAGUCUUAUGAGCAUAUACUCUUCCCAAGUCCUGAUUUAGGGAUUGAGCACUUGUUGAGUAUAGGGAAAUUUCUGGAGAGUUAAAUUCGUAUAGACUGACAUGAAGGGACGAUGAAGAUCUCUAGUCUCAUCUAUUUUAUUAUCUCUGUUUCCACAAAACAGAAUUGUUUGUGUGUGUGUGUGUGUGACAUUAACAAGAAGUCUUUCAUUGUAAUUUUGUGUUCCUCAAAUUGAUAUGCCAACAUCAUCAGUUUCACCAUCAGAAAUCAAA